AUGCAGUUUAAGAAACGGAUAAAAUCAGUGGCUGUUGAUGGCUCGGAUGUUUUACCUGCUGCUAAAGAAGCAGCUAAGAAGGCCUCAGCUAGAAAAGAAGCGAAAGAAGCUGCUGCAAAAGUCAUUCUCAUCGUCUCUCGUUUUCUCUGGUUCUCUGUCGGCGAUAGAAAGGGCGACUCGUCUCUCGUUCUCUCUCGACCCAUCUCUCCCGAUUCAUCGCCUCCGACUGGUUCUAUCUCCCUCUCUCGCGACGGCUCUCUCUCCCUCUCUGGCGACGGCUCUAUCUCCCUCUCUCUCGACGGCUCACUCGGCGGCUCUCCGGUACUCUCUCGACGGCUCUAG